GCGCUAACUUUUUGCAGGAACGGAAAUCGUUCCAAAACAACACAAGUUCAUUGGCUGAGCGUGCAAAGAGAGCUGAAAUUGCGCUGCUGGAGCAUAAACUGGAGACAGGUGUUGCGAUACUUGAAAGAGCACACAAAGACGCUGGACAGCGUGUCAAGGAUCUGGAGACUGAAUUGGCAAAAUUACGAAGUGGUUCCUCACUUUCCGAGGACCUAAAAGGAGCAAUUGCAGAAUGGAAAGCUAAACGGGAAGAAGUUGCAACUCUAAUUACAGCUUCAAAAAAUGAGUUUUUCGCGCAGAUUGAACAAAUCAAGGCUGGAAAAACACUCUCGCAGUUGCCGAAAAUCAGUGUACCGAAGCCGCCUCCUGCCCCAAAGCUCAAAGGACAGUUUGUAACCCAGAAUUCACCAGUUGCUCCCGAGAAAUCAGUUGCUACAGUCUUGGCUAUGCCAAACGCGGGGGUAAUUGGUAAUCGUUCGCAGCCAGCAAAUGUUCUUGGUGGGUUUUUCUUGCCUUUUUUCAUUUUCUUGAAAAUUUGCUUCACUGUUUUAUUCUUCCACCAACUCUGA